AUGGCAAAAUCCUGGCCAUCUGGUAUUGAUAAAGGCUCCGAAUUACAGUUCAGCCUUUUAGAAUACUGCCAACCACCGGCAAGAGAGCCGUCAAAAGAGUUAUCAAAAGACUCCCAGGAUACCGGCCAAGAUGAGCAAACCUCUGACCCGCGCUCAGCAGAUGAAAUAGAUAAAAAUGAAGCCAAAAAGGCGGAGGAGCAGGAAGAUAGCGAAGGGUGGACCGAAACUAGUGGAGGUUCCGAGACAGCAGUGGUUGCUGAGAAACCUUUGACAAAUGGAGACAACCAAAUUAAAGAUGAAACCAACAACCAAGGCAAUACACCUCUAAACCUCUCGGUCAACCCUCUGAAGGAGUACUACGAAUCUCCAGACCUCAAAGUUAUCAUAAAAGGCGACCCCGACGGAAUGGCUUUUUUGGUUUCAUCGCAUGCGCUUGCGAUGGCAUCGAAAGAAUGGAGGAGCAAAUUAAGUCCAAACAAUCUCAAAAACUUAGAAAGACAUACAUUUGAGGCAUCUAGCGACGGGGCUAUAAAGGUCUUGUGCUUGGAAGAUGUUGAUCCUUCAUCUUUGGAUAUCCUAUUUCAGGUAAUUCAUUGGAAAACCGAAGAUUUACCCCAACAUUUGACAUUUGACGCCCUUCGGAAGCUCGCCACAGCUUGCGAGAAGUAUGGUUGUGGGAGAGUUUUGAAUCCCUGGCCGCUGGUCUGGAUGGAGGAAUACGAAGAGCAAGCAGUACGUCCAGGUUUCGAGGAUUGGAUGUUCAUCGCUCAAGCACUGGAUACCAGGAAUGCUAAAGUCGAUGUGAUUUCCCGGCAAAUGGUCCUUGAGAUAUCCUCGAUCAGCAAGUGUGGCACAUACCUUCGACGUGAUGUACGAGGAGAAGGAAUUUCUGCGCAUACUACCGAAAUAGAGGUGAAUCUUAUACCUCCCAGAGUACUUGAAUAUAUACUUCAAGAACGCACAAAAGCAAUUGAUCAAGUUAUUUGUUUACUUAGGCAAUUCCUCAGCGAUAUUGCCAGUGCUAGUUCGGGCUCUUACGGAUUAAGAGAGGAGUUCUGCCUCAGUGAAACUUGUUCCGACAUAGCUUCAGGGUCGCUUCUUCGAAACUUGAAGGCCUUGAAUUUAUGGCCUUUAUUACGCUCUGGGACGCCACAAGAAUGGCAUGGAUCGCUCACCACUCUGGUUAUGCAAAUUGAGACAAUCAGAAUGACAACCUUCCUCAAAUUUGUGGCCACCGAAACUAGUCCUGAGCCUAGUCCCGGCCCCAGUCCUGAGCCUGAACCUAAGGUACCAAAACCUAAAAACCCUCUAAAGCACCAAUCAAAGCAAAAAAGGGAUAAACCAAAGCGAGAGGCCGCCUACCUCGUAAAACAAGUGCUUCCUCAUGCAAAUCCCGGGCCCUCCAGAGCAGAUUCAAAUAUAACACAAGCCCAGGCACAAUCGGCACCGCCGGAACUCCCCGCCCAAAAUAAGCCUAGCUCCGAACCCCUCUUCGGCACUGGAGACACGGGAGAGAUCGCUUUCAACCUCUACGAUAAUCAAACCUGGGAGUCUCCUCUGUUCGGAGGAAUGUUGUACUUCAAUGAUAUGGAUGAUAGAUGGGCAGCCACUAUGAAAGAACUUCGCUACGAGCACCCCGCUUUCGAAGCUAUGUAUCGUUUUCGAGGUAAUCUCUUCUCUAUUUAUCGAGCCCAAGUAUAA